GAUCCUUAUCUGGUCCAUCUCCACCCCAGUCAGGGAUUCCAUAGGCGCCCAUGCAUGAUUGGACGUCCUGCUUGUUAUCGACGGCAAUUGUGCAGCACAAGGCACAUUACUCUCUAUAUCGAAAUCUUACAAAACACCACCUGAUGGAGCUAUACCGGCGUCGGCCAUCCAAUCAUGUGGGGCGGAGCUCUCUGGCUUGGUCCGGCCCUCCAGUCUGUCCUGCUUCUCUUGCGUGCUGUUACCGACUUCUGUGUUCCGUGCCGCCUUCUUCGCCCCUUUCUGAGUACAAGCAUGCUCUCGUAUAAAGGAGUAAAGGCAGGGUGUAGCUGUACGCCCUCCGGACAGUAAUCCAACUGCAAAAAUGGCCGCAGCGUCAUCGGGAGCGACCACUCCCCUUCUCGCAGACAUGGAAGACGAUGAGCUCGAGCAAGAUCUCCCCAAGCCUGUACCCCUUUCCGGCUCCCCCGAUUCCAUCAGCUCCAUCAGCACGACGCCCCUCAAAUCGCGCAGACCCACCCCUCUCCCAAAAUUCCAGCUCCUCGUCCUGUGCAUCAUCAUGCUCGCCGAGCCUGUCUCGUACACCCAGCUCUUCCCCUAUGUGAAUGACAUGUGCUACAAGUUGGGCUGGGCGGCGAGCGAGAAGGAGGUAGGGCAUAUCAGUGGGUUGAUUGAUGGGUUGUUCGCUAUCGCCAACCUUCUCACGGUAAUGCACUGGGGCCGGCUUUCCGACAGGAUCGGUCGCCGCCCAGUACUGAUCCUCGGCCUUGUUGGACUCGCUAGCUGCAAUCUCGUAUUUGGCCUAUCGCAGAACUUGUGGGUGUGCGUCGCCGCGCGGCUGGCAAUGGGUGCACUCUGCGGAAAUGGGGUGGUCACGCAGAGUAUCGUGAGCGAGCUUACGGACGAGACAAACGAGGCACAAGCAUUCGCCUUCAUGUCCCUAAUGUGGGCAGUGGGAUGCAUCGUGGGUCCAACAAUUGGAGGGACCUUCUCACGCCCUGCUGAACAGCUUCCCCACUGGUUCGACACGCCAUUCUGGCAGGCUAACCCUUAUCUCCUUCCAUGCCUCAUCAGCGCCGGUAUCAUGAUCCUCUCCCUUGCCUCUGCAGCACUAUUGCUGAAGGAGACACUCCCUGCUGCUAUCCGCGCUAAGCGGGCUAAUCAGACUGAGCAGGAGCGCGCAGAAGAAAGGCAGGAGGCGAAUGAGCACUUGCACACAUCGGAGCGUACGUAUGGUGCGAUGGACGAACAGUUCCCCCAGGAAGCUGUGGGGAUCUUGCCCCGGAAGGAGGACAGGGUAUGGACGACUUGGGAACUCGUCAACGCACCAGGGAUGGUCAAGGCCAUGGCGUGUACAUUCUUGAUGAUGUUCGUAAACCAAGCCUGGGAUAUCGUCUUCAUCCUCUACUCGUACACCAAUAUUUCCUUGGGCGGUCUAUCCCUCUCCAAUAUCCAGAUUGGUUAUUGCCUCUCCUUUGCCGGCUCUGUAGGCGCUUGCAUCCAAAUAUUUAUCUUUCCCCGUAUCCAGCGCCGCUUUGGAAUGCGAAUGUACCCCGUCGUGCUUGCUGUGCUGCUGUUUAUGUUCCCAGCCGCGCCGGUGCUAAGUAACGUCGUGCGGGGGAUCAUGGGUGAGCAGGACCGAGGAGACGCGGGCGCCUUAGCGGUUGUGGGCGGCUGUGGACUAGCUUUUAUGGGAAGGGUUGCGGCGAUGGUUUUCCCGCUGACCUACAUCCUGUGCAAACGUAUCACCCCCGCCCCCUCCGCCCUCGCAUCUACUGCUGCGCUCGGCGCAACCGUUGCUGCGGGUGCGCGUGCGAUUGCCCCCUGGUUCGUAUCCUCUUUGUUCGCAUGGUCUGUCGACCUACACUUGCUGGGAGGAUACUUGAUCUGGGUGCUCAUGACGCUGAUAGUCUUGUGGUGUGUGUGGUAUGCGAGGGACCUGGACACGGCUUUGGCAGACGCAGAGAGGGUCAAGGCAGAGAGGUUAGGCAACGUGGACGCGAUCUGCGGUCCAUGA